AUGGAGUCGAUUACCACCUUGAAAGGCUACGGCAAAGUAUCCGACCAAGAAAACCAGAUUCCUUCUCCACUCCCCAAACCAUCUUCCCCUAAAGCCCUAAUCGCCACCGCCUCCGUCGUAUCUCUCCUUUUAAUCCUCUCCAUCGCCGCCUUAGCCGCCGGAGCCUUCACUCGUCCUUCCCACCAUCCUUCCGUCUCCUCCGACUCUCUCAAGGAAGUCUGUGCCGUGACUCGUUACCCAGAGACAUGCUUCGACGCGUUAUCCUCUUCACUCGAAUCGGAUCGAAACUCUAUCGAAAAAUUCGACGCUGAAUCAGUCCUCGAGCUAACUAUUCGAAUCGCUUCUAAAAAGGUAUCGAGCCUCUCCAUGUCUUUCCGAUCAAUCAACGACAUGCCUGAGGAAGCUGCGGUCGGCGACUGCGUGAAGCUAUACGCAAACGCGCUGAGUCAACUCAACGAGUCGGUGUCAGAGAUCGAGACGGAGAAGAAGAAGGGAGGGAAUUGGUUGACGAAAGAGGUCGUCGGAGAUGUCAAGACCUGGAUCAGCGCCGCCAUGACCGACGGUGAGACUUGCUCCGACGGGCUUGAGGAAAUGGGAACAGUUGUGGGGAACGAGAUUAAGAUAGAGAUGGAGACGGCGAAUCAGAUGAUGAGUAUUAGCUUGGCCAUUGUCAGCGAAAUGAAGAAGCUUCUGACGAUUUUUCACUGA